AUGCCUCCUCCUCUUCAGCAUGCUCAGGGAUUUCAAGAUAAGGAUGCCCGGGCUUCUGCAGGAAAUGCUGGUGGAGGAGCUCGACCCAGCGAUGUUUCAGUCCCAGCAGGAGGCAACGGGACCAACGCUGCUGCUGCCGUCUAUGCCAAGCCCCUAACCGAGAAGGAAAUGUUGGCUGCCGACGAAGCCAAGGACAAACUGGAUAGGAUGGUCAAGGUGGAGGCCUUGGUAGGCAAGCGAAAACGUUUCUUUUCUUACCUCAAGAAGACACACGAGGAGGGCGGCUUCUGGUUGAACUGCGUUCAGCUCACGCGGCAGGGGGAUCUGGCUGUGUAUGCCGCAGAGCUGUCGUCGCAGCGCAUCCUUCGGCUAUUCUACCUCGGCGUCGGGCUGGCCAAGCUCUUGCAGUCCAAGGGAGGGCUCGAGCUUAUCCGAGGGAUCCUGCAGCUGCUAGAGGAGUGGGAAUACCACUUUGCUCUGGCGGGAGUCGCCCAUCACUCUGUUAAGGCCAUGCUGGCUAAGAACAUCGACAAUCUGGAUCACUCAGCGAGGGGGAGGGAUGCGAGCGAAGAAGGCGGCGGCAAGCACCAAGAACAGAUCGUGGCGCGUCUCAAGAAAUUCAACAAUGAAGUGGUGUACGAAAACUUGCUGACGCCCGAGGUCCCGUUUUCGCUGGACUACUUGGAGGUAGUGUUCUCGCUGUGCGAGGUCAUGUGCCGCAUUUACGCCAAGUUUGUGGAAGAGGAGUGCUACAAGAACGCCUUCGUGUACGAUGGCUUGGUCAAAGUAGACAACAAGAUCAAGCACCACAUUAUCAACGUGUUCGCCAAGGAGUUCACCGACAUGAGCACCAACAUCGCCAAAGACGAACUCAAGACCUUGCGCUAGUUGGAGAAACAAGUGCAAGUUUUGGUUUUUCAGAAUAUCAUGGGGUGUUUGGUGAGACGAGCGCGUGUCACGGCUGGUUUCGGUUUCAAGGCGGCUCUUGCAGAUGUAAGUGUGAUGCACAGGCACGGUUGUGCAACCUCUGGUCUACUUGACCGGCGUUCCACUCAACUGCGCCCUCGGUCUGUUUGUUUUAGUUGCAUGGGCCGCUGGAGUUGCUUGCCUAUCGACGAAACACGCAGAGUGCUGCCUGCGCCUAUAAUAGCGAAUUUUUUGCUAACGGCACAAGCUCCCGGCGGGUGAGGAGUCAAUCAAUCGGCAUGUGACUUUCGUGGUGCGUGUAGUGUAGCGGGUUCUGCUGGGUAGUGGCGUGUACAGCUUAGCUUAAGCAUGGGGCUGAUCGCGGACUUGAUCAAUUUACGCGUGUCGUUAGUUGUUGGGUGCUGAGCCGUUUUUUUUUUUCUUCUUGUUUGUCCUGUUGCUAUUGCCAUUGUCAUUGUUCGCGUUUGCGCGGCCGAACAACGGCGGUCAGAUGGUGACUCCGUGAGUGGUUUUAUCGGCAGCGCUUUACUGAAGCCGAUGAUCUUUUAACCGCGAUGAACAUGUUACGCGACCUUGACUGGUGUAUAUGGUAUGGUACCAUUUUUGUCCGUCUCUUCGAGUGUGUGUGUGUGUGUGUUAUUUUUUGUUUUUCAAUGAUCGAUCGAGCGAUCCCUUGUGGUCCGCUGCAGGUGUUUUGCGAGUUACGGGGGGUGUAGGGUAGUAGGAGAGGCGUCCGCCUAAAGCGGUCUUGUGAUCCAGACACGCUUAGCGACUUUUAUAGUGUGAGCGAGCGCGUUUGGUAUAUUCUCCGGCCAUUUUUCUUUCAUCCUUCCGCCCCGUCGUAUCGUAGCACUUCCGACAGUCAGUGUCAAACGGAACCGUUAGUGACGGCGUUGUGCUGGAUACCUCAAUCCUCAACACCAAUUGUUUUCUUUCCCCUGGGGAACGAUCGAUCCAUCUACCUCUUCUUGUCGAUCCGCCUUUUCUUGUCUUGUCUUGUCGUUGUUCGGUGUGUGUGUGUGUGAGGAGCGUGCUUUCUCUUUUGUCUUGGUAUUUUUCACCUUAUGUGUCGUGACUUUUUUUGGUGUAGUAGCUGUCCGGGCAAGCGGAGACGAUUCCUUAACCGUGCCUUGAUGUUGUAACAUGGGUGUGUACGCGUAGCAACGUGUCUCACCAAACGUGUAGAGACUAAUGGACCUAACCCCCGAUUGGAUUGCAGCGUACUGUAGGCGCUACGAGGAGAGUAAAUGCGCCCUGCAACGGCGGGACGACGCUUACGAGCUUGUUCGGCGUCAACUGGGAUGUUGGGUCUGGGAGUGGACUGACUGUGAAUGGCCACGUCUGCGUUCACGGGGGGCUAUAGGGCGUUUUUUUUGUACAGUAGAAGACUUGCCACGGCCGUUCACCUUUCGUGUUAUGAGGGUGCAUCUCGGCUUAGUUAAAGGGCAGGUACACGCGACCGGACCGGUGGCGCGCGUGUGUAUGUAAGUAUAACAGUGCGGGGUUUUAGGUGUGAUAUCUGUGAUGUUUCCAAUGGAUCACUCACGGUCCCUCCCUCGCUGUUGGUCCUCUCACGUCUUGGGCGGAAAGUUAGGGGGGGGGGGGAGAGGGGGGUAUUACUGCUGUCGUUGUUCAAGAUCCAAGAAUUAAUUGCUUACCGGGCAGGGGGGGGGGCUCCGUUUCUGCAGCUUCGGUGAUAGAUAUAUAUCGUUGGGUUUUUGUUCACUGUCUGGCUACACUAAUAGCUGUAGCUCUCUCUCGCUCUUGCGUUGCGUUGGCUGUCUUACGCAUACUACAUGGUUUAUUUUAUGGUUAGGGAAAGGUGCAAUAAAUAGAAUGAGCGUAUAUACCGCUGGCGCGAAGGUAUGUGUUUCAUUUAGUACAAGCGCGGGGGAAGGACAGGGUGUGCCGCCCUCUCAAGAACACUUGGAGGCAUUCAUUCGAGGUAACUUUUAGCGUGAUCGUUUCAAGCAUCAUACCGAGGUAUGCUACAUACGCCACCGGUUUUGGUGUGAGUGCCAAGCAGACUGGUGCAAACGUGUAGCUCAAUCUGAUGUUAGGUGUAACGGCACCGCGACGAUGCAGGAAGCCGCGGAUCGUUGUUGUUAUUAUGGGCUCGAACAUAAUGUGAGUGUCGGCAGUUCGCACGGCUAUAUGGUCACAAUGCGUAGAUUGUAGAGUUUUGUUGCACGGCUUAGAACCAGAGACCGUACAUGCCACUGAACCGUAUUAUUCUUAUGUUUUGAUCGUUACAGGACGUCAGCAUGCUAGAUGGUAUCUACACAUGUUAAGGAGCAGCAUACAAACAUGUGCACACGGUGUGUUGUACUACUGUACCCGGUGGUGCAUUUCGCCUACGACACGGCGGCCACGGUAUUGAUAUUGAUAUUGGUAUUGGUAUUGACAUUGAUAUUGAUACUGAUACCAAGCACUCGCGGCCUGCGUAUG